UCUGCCAGAGUGGUGAAAAGGGCCCUGGUUCAUGGUGUUUGCAGAGUUAGGUAGGGAACGGAGAGCGGAAUUUAGUGGUCCAGAAGGUCCGGAAAGAGACGUUCCAGUUUUUACUCUGUCCCCAGACCGAGUGACACUUCCCCCGUUUCACCAUGGGCAAGAAGGGCAAGGUCGGGAAGAGCCGGCGGGACAAGUUCUAUCACCUGGCGAAGGAGACCGGUUACCGCUCCCGUUCCGCUUUCAAGCUGAUCCAGUUGAAUCGCCGCUUUCAGUUCCUGCAGAAAGCUCGAGCCUUGCUGGACCUGUGUGCUGCGCCAGGGGGAUGGUUGCAGGUGGCUGCUAAGUUUAUGCCUGUAUCCAGCCUUAUUGUAGGAGUGGACCUGGUUCCAAUCAAGCCUCUUCCCAAUGUGGUGACACUCCAGGAGGACAUCACGACAGAACGCUGUAGGCAGGCUCUGAGAAAGGAACUGAAGACCUGGAAAGUUGAUGUCGUGCUCAAUGAUGGGGCCCCCAACGUUGGGGCUAGCUGGGUCCAUGAUGCUUACUCACAAGCCCAUUUGACACUGAUGGCUCUGCGUUUGGCUUGUGAUUUUCUGGCCCGUGGAGGCUGCUUCAUCACAAAGGUUUUUCGUUCCCGUGACUAUCAGCCUCUACUGUGGAUCUUUCAGCAACUCUUCCGCCGUGUCCAGGCCACUAAGCCCCAAGCCUCUCGGCAUGAAUCUGCAGAGAUCUUUGUUGUUUGCCAAGGAUUCCUGGCUCCUGACAAGGUUGACAGUAAAUUCUUUGACCCCAAGUUUGCCUUCAAGGAGGUCGAAGUUCAGGCCAAGACUGUUACCGAGUUGGUGACUAAGAAGAAGCCAAAGGCUGAGGGUUAUGCUGAGGGCGAUCUCACACUCUACCACCGUACUUCAGUCACUGACUUCCUCCGAGCUGCCAACCCUGUUGACUUCCUCUCCAAAGCCAGCGAAAUCUCACUGGAUGAUGAAGAGUUGGCCCAGCAUCCAGCUACCACUGAGGACAUCCAGGCGUGCUGUCAGGAUAUCAAAGUGCUGGGGCGCAAGGAGCUCAGGUCCCUCCUGAACUGGAGAACAAAGCUCCGGCGAUACGUGGCUAAGAAGCUGAAGGAGCAAGCGAAGGCCCUGGACAUCAGCCUCAGUUCCGGAGAGGAGGAGGAGGGUGAGGAGGAGUCUAAGGCUGGAACUGGGCAGCAGCUCUCUAAGGAGGACGAAGAGGAGGAACAAUUAAAUCAGACCCUGGCAGAGAUGAAGGCGCAGGAGGUGGCAGAAUUAAAGAGGAAGAAAAAGAAGCUGCUGCGUGAGCAGAGAAAACAGCGGGAGCGUGUGGAGCUGAAGAUGGAUCUUCCCGGGGUUUCUAUCGCAGAUGAGGGGGAGACUGGCAUGUUCUCCCUGCGCACCAUCCGGGGUCACCAGCUGUUGGAGGCGGUCACACAAGGGGAUAUGAGUGCUGCAGACACAUUUCUGUCCGAUCUGCCAAGAGAUGACAUCUACGUGUCCGAUGUUGAGGACGACGACGACGACGCAUCUCUGGAGAGUGACCUGGAUCCAGAGGAGUUGGCUGGAGUUGGAGGAUCUCAGCAUCUAAAGGACCAAAGGCGUGUACGAUUUGCUGAAGUAGAAGAUGAUAAAAAAGAAGAGGAAGAAGAAGAGAAUCCACUGCUGAUACCGCUGGAGGAAAAGACGGUAGCGCAGGAAGAACAAGCCAGUCUGUGGUUCUCUAAGGAUGGCUUCAGUGGGAUCGAGGAUGAUGCUGACGAGGCACUGGAGAUCCAGCAGGCCCAGCUACUAUCUGAGAGCCGUCGGAAGGGGCGACAGCAGGGGCCACAACCACCUCCCAGUCUGAAGACUGAGAAGAAACCUCCCCAGGACCAGGAGGAAGACCCUAAGGGGCCAGAGGCUCGAGCAGCAGCCAAAAUGGCCCCUGGGCCUGGCAAGGAAGGGGAUGGCAGCUCGGACAGUGACAGCGACAGCAGCAGCGAUGAAGAAAGUUGGGAACCCAAGCGCGGGAAGAAGCGAAGCUGCAGGCCUAAGUCCGAUGACGACGGGUUUGAAAUCGUGCCUAUCGAGGACCCAGCGAAACAUCAGGUACUAGACCCUGAAGGCCUGGCCCUAGGUGCUCUCAUUGCCUCUUCCAAAAAGGCUAAGCGGGAUCUCAUAGAUGACUCCUUCAGCCGGUAUGCAUUUAAUGAGGAGGAGGGGGAGCUUCCUGAGUGGUUUGUGCAAGAGGAAAAACAGCACAGGCUCCGGCAGCUGCCUGUUGACAAGAAGGAGGUGGAACACUACCGCAGACGCUGGAGGGAGAUCAAUGCGCGGCCCAUCAAGAAAGUAGCCGAGGCGAAGGCCAGAAAGAAACGGAGGAUGCUGAAGAAGCUGGAGCAAACCAAGAAGAAGGCAGAGGCUGUGGUGAACACCGUGGACAUCUCAGAACGCGAGAAAGUGGCUCAGCUUCGGAGUCUUUACAAGAAGGCCGGGCUCGGCAAGGAGAAACGCCAGGUCACCUAUGUGGUAGCCAAAAAAGGCGUGGGCCGCAAAGUGCGCCGGCCAGCUGGGGUCCGAGGCCACUUCAAGGUGGUGGACUCAAGGAUGAAGAAGGACCAAAGAGCACAGCAAAGGAAAGAGCAGAAGAAAAAACACAGACGGAAGUGAGCAGAGCCACCAGGACCCCUGAGAAAACAGUGUGAGGACACGGAGGUGUGAUUCCGGCCCCCCUGGUACCAGCUAUAGGCUUCCUUGUGUCGGGAGUCUGCUGGGAAGACAGGUGGGGUGCCUAGAACUCUCGCGGUGGUCCUGUGGGGUGAGGGAAGAUGUUCCCCUGCCUGAAGGAAGGUCUUGGGCCAUGUCCUGUUGAUGCUGCUGUUGGCACCCCCCCACCGGCCCCAAGCUCUCUUGUUAGGAACGUGGAGACUAGAUGAACAGUCUCCUGAGGGGAAGGUUGGUGUUGGAGUGGCAGUCGCUCUUUCUGGGCAAGCUGGCCUCUCAGGCCUUCCCCAUCCUCUUCUGUUAUCUGAAUAAAACCAGGGUAGUAUCUUUUCUGA